AUGGUCGCGCCGGCGGUCCCCGAGAUCAUAGAAGACGAUGACAUUGGUCUCGCUGUCGAUGCCCGAACAGAAAGUCUAGCUGGGCUGCGCGAGCUUGGUCCACCUGAUCUGGUCCAUCUGGUCAAGCAAGGUGUCAAAGCCACCAGCAAGCAGACUGGCAUAUACCACCAUGUCACCGGCAUCGAUGCAUCUUCCUCUGCGAGUCUCGCCGCCUAUAUCAACACCCUAACGUACAACCCUGCGGACAAGUCCAACAAGGUAGUGUCAGGGUUAUACUGUUGUUACAAUGCUUUUUCUCAUCUGGACAUGAGAGUGGAGGUAAAGAUCCCAGGCGGCGUCGAAAGCUACUGCGUUGACGAGCGUGGAGAUCGAAGAGUUGCGACCGCGAAUCUGUGGCUAGAGACAUUCCUCUGCGGAGUGCUGCGGGCCUACUUCUACGCAGAUGAUGGAUCGGGUGAUACAAUCAAGAAGAUCAUAGGCGUGCGGCGCUUCAACCCUAUCACCUCAACAGAGACCGAGCACAGGUUUCUUGAGGCGGCAGAAAAGUUGUUCUUCAGUGGGCGGCAGCUCGGAUCGGAUCCGGAAAUACAGAUACCCAACGUCACGUCGAAUCAUCUCACGGCUGGACUGCUUAAGUAUCUCAAGACGACAGGCCGCUACACGUCUGGAAUCAAUCUGUUCGAGAAACUCCGGACGAAAGAUGUUGAGGUCUCAGCACUGCUCGCGAAGAUCCUGCUGGAAGGCGACGAAGAAGUACAAGCUGUGCGAAUGCUGUACGAAUCACUGCAGGACGUCCCAAUGGACUACUCCUUACUUGACGCCCAAGCAGAGUUCUGCCUGAGUAAGGGCGAGAACGAGCUUGCGCUCGAAUGCGCGAAGCGUGCUGUCACAGCAGCGCCUUCGGAGUUCAGCACCUGGGCCAGGCUAUGCGAGGUCUAUGUGUCUCUGGAACAUUUCGGCCUUGCACUACUGACCCUGAAUUCGUGUCCAAUGUUCUCGUACCAAGACAAGGACUCGCCGAGGAUGCCAGAGCCUUCCAGAGUCCUUCUGCCCGUCAUGCAGGAAAGCGUCCUGGAUGAGAUCGAUGAAGGGCAGCCUCGGGCUGGCGAAGGCUACGACCAAGUCCACGUGUCUCUCCGGAAGCUACAAGCAGCUACGUAUCAGGGGACUUUCUUAAAGGCAUAUAGUCUCUUGACAGACAUCGCAGCAAGGAUAGGAUGGGAUGCGCUGCUCAAGACCAGGAGCCAAGUCUUUGUGAUGGAGGAGGAGUACAGAGCAGAGCGACAUGCUUCGCUCACGCCGAAGAUGCCAUCAAGCAGAAACGCCAGCACUACAGGAUUAGCAGGCACACCUAAUGGUGGGGAGCCUUAUGGCCAAGCCGAUGACAAUAGUGCAUCUGAUGACGAAGACGAGAAGACUUUGGCAGAGUCGUCACAUCAGGGCGGACUCAAUGGGGAUCGGAUCCAACAGAACUCCGAAAUGAGCGCGAAUGAAUCUAUGGAAAAGCCUCUGCCGACCAUAAAAGCUGAGGAGGUCAAAUCUGGAAGCGACGAUCCUGAUAGUACGAAUGAAGAUCAAGGGCAGUUCCAGAACAAACGAUUGUGCGAAAGAUGGCUCGAUAAUCUCUUCAUGGUACUGUACGAAGACCUAAGGAUCUAUACCAUUUGGCGGACGGAGAUGAGCCAGUAUCGUCAACAACAAAUGCAGUACAAGAAAUCUGCCGCCGAAUGGGAAAUAUUGGGUGACCUGGCUGAACGACUUCACCACAACAACGAAGCUCUAGAAGCAUACCAGCAGUGUCUGAACAUUCGCUUCUCGCCCAAAGCAAUGAAGGGCCUGCUCAAAAUGUACGAAAGCAAAAAUGAUACGCGAAAUACCCUAGCGUGCUUGAUCAGGCUCAUCACUUGGCAAUAUAGGUGGUAUUCAGAGUUCUCACCUGAGCUCCUGCACUCAAUGAGAAAACUGGUCGAGGAGGAAGGAGCCUUGAAGAUACGGAGCAUCAUUCAGUCGACAACCUUGCCACAGCAUGUCAUGGAUCUGACGCAUGAAUAUGCACAAGUUCUACUCGCUUUUAAAUCCACGGGCACAGAUGGCUAG